AUGAGCGUUGAAGAAGAUGUUAUGAAAAUUCAAAAGAAAUUGACAAAGAUGACAUCAGAUGAUGGCACGGGUCAGGAAGAAGCCCUUGAAUUAUUGAAAACACUGCAAACAAUGGCUAUUAAUCUGGAUGUCCUAACAAAAACUAGGAUAGGCAUGACAGUCAACGCCUUACGAAAGUCCAGUAAGGAUGAAGAAGUAAUUUCACUCUGUAAAACAUUGAUUAAAAAUUGGAAAAAAUUUCUUUCCACUCCUACCACUCCUUCAAAAGAUUCUGGCAGCUCAUCUAAACCUAAAAAAGACUCCGGCAAAGAUAAAGAGAAAAAGGAGGAGAAAGAAAAAGACAGGAAGUUGCCUGCAUCGUUCCCCCCUCAAUCAAAUACCACUGACGCCGUAAGAUUAAAAUGCCGCGAACUAUUAACACAGGCUUUAAAAACAGAUGGUGAGAAUCCUAAUUCAUGUGGAUCUCCUGAGGAACUGGCCGAGGAACUGGAAGAGUGCAUUUAUGCUGAAUUUAAGAACACUGAUAUGAGAUACAAAAACAGAGUAAGAUCAAGAGUUGCGAAUUUGAAAGAUCCUAAAAACCCUACAUUACGUACUAAUUUCUUAAAUGGUGUUAUAUCAGCAUCAAGACUUGCAAAAAUGACCCCUGAAGAGAUGGCUAGCGAUGAAAUGAAGAAGUUGAGAGAGAAGUUUAUCAAGGAGGCUAUAGAUGAUGCUCAAUUGGCAACUGUACAGGGUACCAAAACUGAUAUGCUUAAGUGUGGCAAAUGCAAAAAGAAGAAUUGCACUUACAAUCAGCUACAAACCAGAAGUUCUGAUGAACCUAUGACUACCUUUGUGCUUUGUAAUGAGUGUGGCAACCGCUGGAAGUUCUGUUAA